GUUGGGAUAAGUUUAGGAUAUAGAUCAGGUAGUAUUGGUGGUGGAGUUAUCAUUGGCGGUGGUGGUGGGUGUGGUGGUUCAUGUGCCAGCGGUGGAUCUAAUGUAAAAUCGGAUGUAGAAAAAUCCACGGUGAACUGCUACUUCUGCCGCGACGAGUCGGGGAUUUUUCAGGGUAUCGCUCGCAAUCUCAUUCUCGAUGAAGAAGCUGCAUAAACCUAAUUCUCACAAGUUACAGAGACGAGGAGGAGAUAAAUCCAAAUCAUCCUGGUCCGAGCUUCCUGAAGAUCUCAUAAAUUCAGUGUUGGAACGCCUUGACUUUGCUGAUUCCCGACGAGCUGAAUCCGUAUGUUCGUCUUGGUACUCUGCUGGGAAACGAUGUGUGGCGAAAAAGCAGAUCCCUUGGCUGAUUCUCUUGCCCGACGAAGACGACAAGAUCAACAACCAUUGGUGCAAGCUGUUCAAUCCCGGGGAAAAGGACAAGCUUUACAAAAUCCGAGAUGAGGAUGUUGAAUUCGCAAACAGUUGUUGCUUAGCAACAUAUGGUCAUUGGCUCUUUAUGGUCGAUUAUUGGUACAAUCUCUACCUUUUGAAUAUAUUUACCCAUGAGAGGAUUGAUUUACCUCCGGUGGAGUCGCAACUUGGAACGACAAAGCUGGAGCGAACCACCUUAAAAGGAAAAGGUUUGUUUUGUAUUUCGAAUGGUCAUCGCAAAAGGAAUUGCAAAGAUAUUAAUAUAGAAUCACCUGUGUUUUGGAUUGACCAACACACCAAAGAAUACCUAGUUUUGUGGGGAUUUGGCCAAUGGUGUGUAGCUUAUUCCAAGAAAGGAGAUACGUUCUGGAAUCAGAUUCAAAUUCCCGUAAUCUAUGCUUGUUCUCACAUGGUUUACAAAUAUCAAAAGCUUUACUACCUCCUAAACGACCACCACGGGAUAUUCCUCAUCAAAAUAUUCGACUUCUCCGGUGAGAUUCCGCGAGAGACCUUUCAGUGUGGUGGUGCUCCAGGCAACAUCUCUUCGCUUGAUCCAACAGGAAAUUCAUGGAGGAUUACCAGUGCAAAACUCGUAGUCACAGUAACAGGAGAUGUCCUCUAUGUUGAAAAAUGGGCAACACUUUUCACUUCUCUCUGGUCCUUCCGCGUCUUCAAGGUUUAUUCAUCAGAUGACAUUGUGGGUGGUGGUUUUAAGAGAAAUUCCAUCUACUACAAGACUACUUGUCAUGAAAAGAACACUACUCAAAUUUGUCUCUUCAAUUUCGAGACAAAGGAGAUGGAGCCGCUGCACAAGUUUGAUUGUUCCUCCUACCGACAACUCGCAAGAUCUCUAUGGUUCCUACCAAGUUUCAACCAGACAUAAAGUUCAUCUCAACUACUGUAUCUUGUUUUAUUUUUCUUUGGUUUCUUAAAAUCCUCUGCUAUAACAUCACAACUGCUAUGGUGUCAUCUGGUUUGGUUAAUGACUUCCCUAA